UUUACUGGGAUGUCUGACUCAUGUUUCUUUAUUAAAUACAUAAUUAAUGUUGAUUAGAGAGAGAACAUGAUCAUCACCACUAAGACAUGGAUGGACAUGUUGCACACUCUUCACGUCUUUUUUUAAUUCAAAUACUGAAUUCCGCUACGUUCUCCCAUUCCACAAGACCAUGACAAUCCUAGUUCUUGAUCCUGAUACAAAUAUACCUAAUAUCAGAACGCGAGGCUUCCAAAAGUACAUGAAUUUAACAUGAAGCAGACACUGCACUGAUAUCUGAAGGUGAUUGAUUUCCCAGUCACAAAGAUGAUGAAAGCCAAAACCUCAAACACUGAAACAUCCCAUAAAGAAAAAAUUGUGGUGGAUGCAGGGUAUGCAGCCACUGAUUUGCACCGUCUAUCUUUACAACCCCCGAAGCCAAAAUUCCCGAGCCUUAGUCUUCCAAAUUCAACCAACUCAACACCUUCAACUCUGAUGAAGAAGAAACUGAAACAAAGGAUCAUAGAAUCACCAUGUCAAGGUGGAACACUCAUGCAUCAGCAUAACCAGUUACAAGAAAUGCACUUGAGGAGGAGCAGGUCAUGUGGCGAGGGAAGAACUCGUGCACCCUCAGAUGAAUUUGAUCUCUGGUGGGCCAUACCAAAUGCAGUGGAAUGUGAUAACAUGCAUCAGAACAGCUUCUCCAAAACUGAAGCCACCAGAGAUAAUCUUGUGAGUUGCAAGGAUGUGGAAGCAUAUGAAGAGGAGGGGUUUAAGUGCAGUGCUCUUUGCCUGUUUCUUCCAGGCUUUGGGAAAGGAAAACCUGUUAAAAUGAGAAAAGAAGGAUCUGUGAUGGAAGGUGCUGUAAUAUCUAGAACGGUUUCUUUGGAAAAGUUUGAGUGUGGUUCUUGGGCUUCUUCUGCGCUGUUCCAUGAGAUUGAAGGAGACCCCAUGAAUUCCUCCUACUUUGAUCUGCCAUUGGAGUUGAUGAAAUGCAGUGCUAGUGAUGUGCAUGCCCCAGUUGCCUCAGCUUUUGUCUUUGAGAAGGACUUUAAGGGGCUUCCUAAGACUGGAUCUUCUACAAAAUCACCUCAACAUGUUCGGUUUUCAACAUCAUCUUCUACUCCUCGUUUAAGCAAAGCCAGAGAGGAUUUUACAGCCUUCUUAGAAGCACAAGGUGCAUGAAGAUGAAGGAGUCUCUACUGUGGAAAGUGGUGCUAACAAAACUUCUCAUUCUAUUUCAAGUUGGUUCUGUCACUUUUAUCACAACCUUUUAGCGUCUGUGGAAUAUUGAUGGGUGAUUUUCACUGGAAAUUUUUCACAAAAUCUUCUCUUCAUGCGAAAUGUAUAUUCUAAUAUGUGUCACUUGAGGCAUAUAAUCUCAUGAAAAUGAGUGUUUCGAUGUGGUUUUGCUUCACAUUCGCAUCAAAACAACAGUAUGAUGCAAAAACGAGCUCACAGGGUUUUAGAUCACACGGAAAACGGAAUCUGCACUCAAACAUGCUCAUAUUUGGGCUGAAUAACCAAGAUAUGUUAACAAGGAAAAGUAUGUUUUGGUCCUGUACUUUUUUCAAACUUGUUUUUGUGGUCAUUAAUCUUUCAAAU